AUGUUAAACUUUCCAUAAAAUGCAAGAGAUCAUUUUUCUUGUGAUUGUGAUCCUUGUGAAUAUGCAGUGAAAUAUGGAGAGGAGAUAUAACCAAAAAAGGUAGCUGUUUAGAAAACAAUAUAAUAAAUUUAAGAUAAAGAUUUAGGAUUGUUAUUGCGUAAGAUGUAGGCUCCAAAUAAGUUAACUAGAAGUGUUAGAAUAAAGAUACCAGAAACAUGUGUUUGUAAUGAGGGAGAGAUCAAAUUUAUAGCAUAUUUUGAUGAGAGUGAAGGUUUCAUAAAAUUCAUCUAAAAGCCAACAUUUUAAUAAACAAAAUAGUUUAUGAAUGAGAGAAGACCUCCUGAUUCUUUAGCAGUUAUAAUUAGAUAUAUUGAUAGUACAAAUGAAUUUAAGUAGACAAUAUGCAAGUGAUGACAGAAAUGGAGUUUACUAUUUUGAUGAUGAAAAGAAAAAUAGAUCCAAUCUGGUCAUAAAUCUUAUAUAUUCAAAAUUUUAAUUCAAAUAAGAAUUAUGAAUUACAACAUUAUGAAUUCAAACACUCAUUUGAUUCCAAAUAUCCAGAAUUUGAUUAAGCAAGAAUUGAGAUUUUAAUAUUAAAUGGAGAAAUAGCAAGAGCAUCCUCUGAUUUUGUUCCUAUGGUGAGAGAAGAAGCUUAUGAAAAUUCAUUAUCAUAAGAAUAAUAUUGUAGGUAUAUGGUUUAUAAAAUGAUUCAUUAUGCAGAUGUUUUUGGAGGAAUCUAAAUAACUGAAGGCAAAUUUAGUUUCCAUAAGAAAAUAUUUGUUUCUGUUGAGAAAAUGGAAUAUAUAGAUUUAGAUAGAAAAGUUUUGUUUGAUUCUGAAAUUUUAUUAAGAAAGAAAAAAAUGAUAGAUGAAGACAUGUUUCAAUUUUAAAAACUUAUUGAUCAAAAUGUAAAAAAAGAAAGAGAAUAUGCAUUAAAAGUUUAUAGAGAGAUUCUAGAUAUGGAUAAUGGAGUAGAUUCAUCUUCACAUCUUCUUAAAAAUAAAUUAUCUGUUAUUGGAUAUGAUUUAAAGAAAUAUAGUUAAAACAUUCAAUCUAAUUUUUAAUAAGUAAUGGCUAGUAAAGAUCCUGCUUCAACAUUAAAAGAAUUAGUCAUUGAAUAAAAAGUUAAUGAAGAAAAACUCACUUCCAUCUUAAAACCUAAGAAAGGAGAAAAACCUAAAAAGAAAGUUUGA